AAGAUGGCAGGCCGUUGCUCCUCGUAGACGCAUCCGCAGUACCAGCCGAGUCUGGGAAGGCGAAGCAUGAGGCGCCAAACACUGUCGCUCCUAUCGAAGUUCCGAAACAGGAUAUGGAAGAAGCACAGCCUUCUCCAAAGACACCUCUCGAAGGUGCGGCUUUCGAAAAACCUCCAGCAAAGAUCUCGGAAGUCUCGGCUGACAGUGGUGGCGAGCCAGCGACGAUUAAGGCCGAGGACCAGAAAAGCAGCGAGACCGGCGAAAACACAAAGCAGCAUUUAGGAAAGCAAGCGAUCAAAGACAGCAGCAAGCCACCAAAGGCGUCGACAUCGCCCAAGGAACCCCCAGCUUCGCCGAAACGAGAGAUCAAGCUGGAGGCGAGCAACGAGAGCACAGGGAAAGCGAAAGAGUUGCAAGAGACAAAGUCAAGACCAUCCGAGACAGCGAAAGAUUUGAAAGUGAAGCAAAAGGAAGCUAGAGACAGGCAGCAGCACCAACAGGUGGACGAUCCAUGGAAAGAGACGGGGUCAGCAACAGCAACAGUAACAGGAACAGUUCCUUCUUCUUUUUCGAAUCAAGCGAGCACAAGUAACAGCGAGGAACAACAGGCAAAGAAAUAUCCUCCAACAAAGAGCACAGUCCAGGGAAGUAACAACGAGGAACUACUGGCAAAGAAAUCUCCUCCGACAACAAAGAGCACCGAGGAACUACUGGCAAAGAAAUCUCCUCCAACAACAAAGAGCACAGGCCAGGGAAGUAACAACGAGGAACAACAGCUCAAGAAAUCUCCUCCAGCAAACUUUGGAGAAGACAAUCUAGUGCUGGGAGUAGCACUCGCUGGAUCCAAACGCACGCUUUCACUGAGCGGCGAUGGCGAUGAUAAGAUCACGGGGGACUCGGACACAAGGGGCGCUAUUACUGCUGCUGGAUCGCCGAAAGACAAAGAUCUUUAGAGCAGCAGUGAGAUCCAAGGAGGAAGAACUCACAGGCAUUAAAUGGAGUUCUCCAAAGUUCUUGGAGGAAGAGAUCAAGGAAGAAGAACUUCCACGCAUUAUAAAUGGAGUUCCUGGAGGAAGAUGGUGGCCA